UCGCCGCUGCGGAGCCGGAGGCGCUGGAGUGGGGGACGGAGCCGGGAGUGGGACAGGGGCUGCACUGGCUGCGGCAGAGAGCGGGGUGUUGUUGUAUCGCAGAAAGCGACUCCCGGAACAUCUCGGCCUGUAUGAACUCUUGAGCUGGCAAGGGAUUUGAGAGGCUUAUGAGGAGGUUCUGUCAGGCAAAAGCAGUGCCUAGCAAAGAUACCGCGGAAGGGGGAGGGGGAGCAGAGCUGAGACUCUAGCAAACCAUGAGAUCUAUCCGAUCUUUUGCUAAUGAUGACCGCCAUGUUAUGGUGAAACAUUCAACCAUUUAUCCAUCUCCAGAGGAACUUGAAGCUGUCCAGAACAUGGUGUCAACAGUCGAAUGUGCCCUUAAACAUGUCUCCGAUUGGAUGGAUGAAAUGAACAAGUCUGUGAAAGUCGAGGGAGACGGGGAAGCAAAAGAGGAAGCUGCAGAAAGUAAUGCCAAGGAUCAAGGUGGUCGGACCUUAUGUGGUGUGAUGAGAAUUGGUUUGGUUGCAAAGGGCUUGCUGAUAAAGGAUGACAUGGAUUUGGAGCUGGUUCUCAUGUGCAAAGAAAAACCCACAAAGGCCUUGUUAUAUACAGUCAAAGACAAUCUCCCAAUCCAAAUUCAGAAACUUACAGAAGAGAAGUACCACGUGGAGCAAUGUGUGAAUGAGGCAGCUAUUAUUAUUCAUAACACAAAGGAGCCCACCCUAACACUGAAGGUGAUACUUACAUCUCCUCUCAUUCGUGAGGAAACGGAGAAGGACGGAGUAGAUAAUGUUGCGAUGAAAGAUCCUCCGGACUUAUUGGACAGGCAGAAAUGCCUGGAGGCCUUGGCCUCUCUGCGGCACGCCAAAUGGUUUCAGGCCAGGGCAAAUGGACUAAAAUCAUGUGUAAUUGUUCUACGUAUUCUGCGUGAUUUGUGCAACAGAGUCCCCACAUGGGCACCGCUAAAAGGAUGGCCACUAGAGCUUAUAUGUGAAAAAUCUAUAGGUACUUGUAAUAGACCUUUGGGCGCUGGGGAGGCCUUAAGACGAGUGAUGGAGUGUUUGGCAUCUGGAAUUCUGCUUCCUGGGGGCCCUGGCCUGCAUGAUCCCUGUGAGCGGGAGCCAACAGACGCUUUGUCCUAUAUGACAGUGCAGCAAAAAGAAGCCAUUACACACAGUGCUCAGCACGCGCUCAGGCUAUCAGCCUUUGGUCAGAUCUAUAAGGUGCUCGAAAUGGAUCCUCUCCCAUCAAAUAAAUCCUUUCAAAAAUAUUCCUGGUCAGUUACUGACAAAGAAGGUGCAGGCUCCUCUGCUCUGAAACGGCCAUUUGAGGAUGGAUUAGGGGAUGAUAAAGAUCCAAAUAAAAAGAUGAAGCGCAACUUGAGGAAAAUCCUAGACAGUAAAGCAAUCGAUCUCAUGAAUGCUCUGAUGAGACUGAACCAAAUCAGGCCAGGGCUUCAGUAUAAGCUUCUUUCGCAGUCGGGUCCAGUCCAUGCCCCAGUCUUCACAAUGUCUGUAGAUGUUGAUGGUACGACCUAUGAAGCAUCAGGACCUUCUAAGAAAACGGCCAAGCUCCAUGUGGCUGUGAAGGUAUUACAAGCAAUGGGCUACCCAACUGGCUUUGAUGCAGACAUUGACUGCAUGAGCUCUGAUGAAAAAUCAGAUACCGAAGGCAAAAACGAGACUGUCUCUUCAAACUCAAGCAAUAAUACUGGAAAUUCUACAAUUGACACCUCCUCUACCUUAGAGGUGAGAACUCAGGGCCCUAUCCUCACAGCAAGUGGCAAAAACCCAGUGAUGGAGCUAAAUGAAAAAAGAAGAGGUCUUAAGUAUGAGCUCAUCUCUGAGACAGGUGGGAGCCAUGAUAAGCGCUUUGUAAUGGAGGUAGAAGUAGAUGGGCAGAAGUUCAGAGGCGCAGGUCCAAAUAAGAAGGUGGCAAAAGCGAGCGCUGCUUUAGCAGCACUUGAGAAACUGUUUUCUGGGCCUAAUGCAACCAACAAUAAGAAAAAAAAGAUUCUCCCUCAGACUAAAGGAAUUGUAAAUACAGCUGUGUCUGCAGCAGUCCAGGCUGCUCGAGGCAGAGGACGAGGCGCUUUAGCACGAGGGGCAUUUGUUGGGGCAGCUGCUGCUACCGGAUACAUAGCACCAGGCUAUGGGGCACCUUAUGGGUACAGCCCAGCUGCGCCAGCCUACGGUGGUUUUUUCAUUGACAGUCCCUAUUGCCAGCCUCUCAGCAUCGCACCUCUUAUUGUUCACUUGGGCCCUCAAGAUUUCUUCUCUGACUUCUAGAACCAUCAGGUUGUGUGGCUCGAAAUGUUUAUUUAUAGAUGUCUUAAAAACAAGAACAAAUGUGACUCGUUUUGAGGGGGUCUCAGCUUCAAAUAUGGACUCUAAGCUUUUCCUUUUUGAAAAGAUUUUUUCCCUGAACUCAGAUCCUUUUUAAUAAAAGCAGUACUUAUUCCAAGCCACAGUCCUUCCUUGGGAUGCGUAGCAAUAGAUGUGCAUACAUGUCUCUUGGAUAUUUCUUCACGCAGAAAGAAGAGACCAAUGUAUAAAACUUGGACUUAAUUAAAAAUUGGUGGGGCUCCCAAUUUAAUCAGUUAACUCUGUUUAGCUUUCACCACUUAAAUCAGAAUUUUAACUGAACAAUUGUGCUCAAGUCUUUAGUAUCCAAGUUCAACUAGAAACUGUCACUAAGGCUUACAGUGGCUAUUCUUGAAUCCAGAGCUGCUACAUGAAAGGCAGCAAACACUCCACCUUUUCUCCCAAGUAUAACUGAACGAAUGUGUCUCAACCAUACCUCACAAUAAUAUGGUGAAAUGGUGGAAGGAUUAGGUCACUUCACUUCUGAAAUGGAUUCCCCCCCCAAAAAAAUCUUCAUAAAAUAACCAACAUUCUAGAAUUUGGCAAUUUUCAGAAAAAAUUCGGUGUUCUAAGUUAAUUUUUUUGUUUUGUUUUUCGUUAAACUGUAUGGGGUGUUGAAUCAAUUAUCAGGAUUAUUAACUGAAGUCAGAGAUUCCUCUGUAUGAAAGUCUUCAUUUAAAUAGUGUUGGAACCGCUAUAUAUUGCAGGAUAAGACUUUUAAGCAGUAUUCAGCAGGUUAAUAUUUUAUUCUCAUUCUCUCCGGACCUUCGUAGCCAUAUGCACUUUAUAAAAUAGGCUGAAAUGUAAUGACUGUAAGCGGAGAUCAUGGUAUAAAAAGGUAAGAAUUUUUAUUCUUAGCUUGAAGAAUGUUAAUUACUGUUUUUCAACUCCCAUAGACAUGACGAAUCAUAUAUAUGGCAUGAGCUUUUAUUAUGCCUUUAUUUAAUUUCAAAAUCUAACUGUUUAAGGACAAAAAUCAACUGGUCUAAUUUCCAAUUUUGUGUUUUUUAAAGGCCACUGAAAUUAUUUUAGUUUAAGAUAAACUGUUGAUGUUAAAAGAUUAGUUUAAGAAAAAAGGAAUCCAUUAGUCUUAUCAGUAAAUCAUUCUGCUCCAAACAUCUCUUCUUGUGUAGUCUGAAAAGUUAAUAAUAUUGAUACUCUUGAGUAUCAAGCACUGCAUUCCUUCCUUUCUAGUGGAAAAACUCAGCUGUGUCCAAAGCCACAAGGUGUGCUAACCAGCAUGGUUUGUAUGGAAAGCCAUAACAUGGCUUUCUAUAGGUGUACAAAAUAGAAAUGUACUGUUGACUACAUGAUAUUAUGUAAUUAAUAAGAAAGUAAUCUGUUCCCAAAACUAUUAACACUAAUCUCCAAAGGAAGGAGGAAAAGCUUUGGUAAUAUUUAGAAUAUUGAAGUUAAAAUCUACAGAGAUCAAAUAAUAUUAGGCCAAAUUAAUUCAUAAGGAAGGGUGUGGGGGAGUCUGGUGAUUAACUCAGCAUGAAUACAUUGCUUGGUCAUGGUUUUGUAAAACUGGGAAUUAAAAUAGAAUCAUUAAUAAGUAAUUCUGUAUUUUAAGUUUACCUUACACAAAUUUCCUUGGAUUAAAAUGAUUCUGGAUUGAGGCCUAAGUGUAUGUGAUAUGUAUAAUCUUUUUUAAAAUAGUCAUUUUAAAAUUUGUUUUACAUACUAUUGCAUAUUCUAGCAAUGUAUUGUCAUUGUAAUAUAAAGUUGCUGAGAACUCGCUUCAUAUAAAAAUUGUACUUAGAAUGAGGCUUUUAAAUGCAGCAUAAUAUUAGCUCUGUAGUCGCUCCUAAUACGCAGAUGUGAAAGGUACAACAGACCUGAUUCCUCACAGUGCUUCUGCUGGGUAAGCACAUUGAAUAAUGGAGUGGUAAACCAGGAUUGGAGUAUACUAUUUUUUUUUUGUAGUAAGCAGGUAAGUCACCACACUAUGUAAGUUAAAUGCAUUUGAUGUAACAACUGAAAAAAUCAUAAUUUCAGAAAAUGUAAUCUUAGGUAUAGAUUACCUUUAGUAACUCAGUCCAGCAAAGAUCUAGAUAGAAUUAAUAGUCUUUUACAGGACAAGUUCCUAACUAUAAACUCCACCACUGUCAAUGGGAGAGCCUGAUUUGACAAGUGGCAUCUAAUUUUGCACCUGGAAAAAACUUCAGACUCAGUUUUGCCACACAGUUGUACAUUAUAGCAUUUGAACAUCCAGCUACACUGUGGGUGCAAUCAGUGAGCUGUGAAAUGCUGUGACACACAGUUAUUACAUGGUGCAGAUUGGAUCUACAGUCACCUUCAGGCACAAAUCUGGGACUCUGCCCCUGAGGCCCUUUUAAAACCAAGGUCUGAAUCUUUCACUAGCAGAGGAUUGCUGAGUCUUGUAUUGAGAAUGGGCAGCAACAGCAGGCUGCUCCGUUCGGCUUCGGAGGAGGAAUGUUUUAUACAUUUCCUAUCAGUGAUUAUAAUUAACUGCUAUUCAGGUUUCCUCUGAAUAACUCAGGUGGUGACAGUCUGAUGAUAAGCACUGUCCAGGUCAGGCACUAAUUAAUAAAAUGCCUGGCUGCUUCUCACUCAUUUUUAAAUGUCCUUCAUUUGGCACUUCAUUCCAUUUGCUGAAGAGCAGUCAACAAAAGAGUUAAGCUUGAAUUUCCUUAUUUGUCCAUGGUUACCCCAGUUAAUUGCUCCAGUCCCGUAUUCUGUUCCACUGAUGCCCUUCUGGAAUGUUCACCACUUAAGAGCCUACUUCUCACUGAAAGUCAGCGGAACUUAAAGUAAACUUUCAAAAGUGCCCAAGUCACCAAGGGUCCUGAGUCCCACUGAUUUUCAUUGAGACGUAGGCUCCUAUAGUACUUUUGAAAAUGGGACUUAGGAGCCAAAUUCACAUAGGCACUUCUGAAAAUUUUCUUUUAGGACUGUCUCAUUCACAGUUCUUAAACUGGUUGGAAUGUUAGGUCACUCUUGACCACUAGCGUGGGUUGCAUCUAUCUUACAUGCAGUUGCGACAGGCAGUAGUCUGCAAGGGAAAGUAGAAAGUGCUCUCUUCUACAUCAGUAUCUGCACAGUGUUUAAAUCACAGGUAAGUCAGCAGAGGAGAGGGGUAUACAUUGCCUUUUUCCUGUAGCCUGUGAUUCUAAUGUUGCCGAGUUUCAUAGCUUGGAAUACAAUUUAAGAGGCCUAUAUGCAAAGCUGACCCCAUAAGCUUUACUGUGUAGCUGCUAUGUCUAUUCUGUUGUAUCUUUAAGAACAAGGGAGAAAGUGUUGUUUUGUAGCUUGGAUUUCUGGCUCAGAGUUCUGAGGAAGUCUCUUCCCAUUAGCGACAGACAAAAGAAGCACAGUCUGGUGUGUUCCCUUCCUGCAGUAAUCCUUGGAGCUAGUUGAUUUGAUUCUAAUGUGUGCUUUAGAAAUUACUCCUAGCACCAAGAGGUUCAAAUACCAAAUCUCCCAGAUAAUUGACUGGCCCAUUAGUUUGAAUGGCAGUUAUUGUCUGUCAGUCAUCUUAUAUUAAAGCUAUUGUAUGUGCUGGGGUAUAAAAAAUUUUUUAAAAGUUGCCUGUGCCUUGUCAGAUGUAGGUCCCACACCAUCACUGUGCUAAACUGCUUGUGUCCAGUAGCAGUAUAAAUAGUUGUAAAGGGCCAUUCUCUUAGCUAACAGAAAAGUUGUGCAUCCUGCCAUUACAUUAUCUCUGUGCCAGUUCUAGCUCUCUGUGUUCUUCUUUUAACAUGCAUUCAGUAGUUGGAACAGGGUAACCGUAUUCCUGGGCAUUGUGCCGUUCAGAUAGAGAGUGUCUCCUGUGUACGUGUAGCUUGUUGCCCAAGUGAUUCCUGUCAGAUGAGUACACAAUCCAGCCUGCACCAAAAAAGGCAAUUUAGUGCCUGUGUAGGUGGUUUCUAAUUUGCUGUCAUGCAGCCAGCAGGAGUUAAUUACAUGAUUCCAGCAAUCAUCAUGGCUCUCAUUUAAUGUUCUGUCAGUCCUGCUGCCAAGAGUUGCACUGGAGUUAAAUACCUUUUGCUUUUGAGAUUCUCUGUCAAGGAGCUUAGGGGGCACAAGCUAUUUCCGCAUCCCAGUACAUAACUGAAUGGGUUUUUUUAAGCUAUGGAAUCUUUACAGCAGGAGGUUUGCAGGCACUUUCUGGCACCACAUUCUAAUGGCCUUGAAUUAACCUUUUAAAAAGCUUUAAGAAAAUGGUGAAUUUUGAUGGCGAACUUUAUCAUUCAGGCGGCAGGGACUAUUGCUCCCAUUGCUGGCUGUCUGCACGCUGUGGAGAGGAAAGGGAUCCUUUCUCUUGUGGCACUUGCCUUCUAGCAGAAGGGUGAUCUGUAAAGUGUCUUACUCAUAAAAAGGUUAUAGUCUCUAACCACAGGAGGAUCUGAAUUAGGUAAAGGCCUAUAACACACGAAAAACCACUGUGAGUCUGCGGUUUUCCCAGCAACCACUGAGUGAAAAAUUCCUUGACCGUAAUUCCCCUCUUGGGCAGGACAGAAGAACGGGGCACCAGCACAAAGAUUUCCAAAGGGCUAGGAAGAAACCUUUCCCUAUGGGCUGGCUGUUCUGUAAUGGUGCAUUCGUUUCUUAUGCGUUCUGAAGUAUGUGGCACUAGCCACUGCCUGAGACUAGAUGGAGUACUGAUCUGGUGCAGUCUCGCAAUUCCUGUGGACAAGGAGAACCACAUAUGGGACCGAGUCCUGCAGCCGUCAUUGUACCUUGUCAUCCACAAGUCUCCUGAUGUGGAGGCAGGGUGAGCAUAUGCUCCCCUCACCUACUUGUAUCUUUCAUGGAGCGGUGAAGUCUGGAGGAACUUCUCCAGAAUGUCUGUUACUUCACUUCAGGCAGUGACACUUUGAAUUAAUUUCCCAGACCUGAAGAAGAGGUAUGUGUAAGCUCGAAAACUUGUCUCUUUCACUAACAGAAAUUGGUCAAAUAAAAGAUAUUACUUCACCCACUUUGUCUCUUUAACUUCAGGCACUGAUGGAUUCAAACUUAGUCCUCAAGUGGUAUCUGGAGUCCUUGGUGACCACUCUAGCAAAAGUGAUCUUCCCUCUGGGGAACUGGCUUUGCCUCCAUGUACCCAUACAUAACGGAAGGGUGGGAUUGUUUCUGUGGCAGCUCCUGCCUUGUAUACUACUACUUGGAAUUCUGCUAGACAGCAGCCUGCACUAAAUGCAGAUUAAUCAGGCUUCUUCUGUUGAGGAAAGAAACCCUAAAAUUUCAGACUGGUUCCAGUGAGGUCUCAGAGGCAGCUCAUGCAGAGAAAUCCAAUAUGUGUGGCUGAGCUGAACAGCUCAAGGGCAAAGAACACUGACUUUCUUGGAUACGUGAUGAUGUGCAAACACAAGGUAAGUGUUGGUGUUUCCAGGCAGGAGAGGACCUGUGUCUGACAUCAGGAGAUUGAAAACUACCCACCUUCAGGACUCAAAUGAAGACUGUUGAUAUGUGCAGUCCUUUUGCCUUAAACAUCCAGUAGCUGCAGCUUUAGUAUUCAGAGGGUACCUAUUCUUCUUUAAUUUCAUCAUUGAAUAAAUCUCUUGGAAAAACAUGUUUACCAUCUCUAAUGGGUGCAGAUGGUUUGUCUGUUAACUGCCCAGUGAUUUCAUUUUUCUACUCUUUUAGCAAAUCUAGUUCGUUGUGAAACUGAUCUCUGUAAUAAAGUGGAAAUUUUAUUAUAGCCAUUUCAGACCAAUUCUCAGGAGAAACUCUUGCUGUCUGCCACACGGAUGUCCAUGCCCAAAGAUUGUGGCAUCUGUUUUCAUCCUUAGUUUCUUGACAGAUCACAUUUUGGAGGGUAACCAUCAAGUCUGGUAAGUUAAUUGACACUGUGUUGGCAUAUGCCAGAAAUCUGAUCAGGAAUGUUCUCUGCCAUUGUUCUGUUACUUAUCCACACCUGUUAAUGCUUCAUACCUUGGUAUAUCUCAGCUCAGUGCACAGGUUCAUUAAUGCCCAUGAAAACCCUCCUUCCCUCUCCUCCCCCCCAGCAGUGGAACAGGAGCACUUCAGCGUACAGGUAAGAGGUUCUCUUUGUAACUGAUUCUUAGUGGAAAGCAGAAGCAGGUGUGAAGGUUGAGAAUGUCCAUCCUUAUGAUCCGGGUUUUUUUUGCUAAGAGUGGGUGCUGUCUGCUACUAUGUGACACUGUGCAGUGUUUUGCAAAAAUGUAGCUGCAUCAGCUCUAAGAGGCCAGCUCAUAUCAGCAGAUGUUUAAAUUUAGUGACUGCAUGAUCUAGUCAGAUAAAAUCCUUAUCUUGGGAGUCUGACUAGAAUAGGAAUCUCCAUGGCCAAAAUCUAUUCUGGAUUGUUUUAUCCUGUUGAAUUUAGUGUCCUGCUCUUUACAUUUUAGUACCAUAUAUUGUGAGGCAUAGGGAGGGUAAUUUAAUGGUUAAGUAUAUUUAAAAAAAAAUGAACAGUCCAAAAGGAGUCUGCAGAAAAAUUGGCAAAGUCUGAAGGCCUUUUCUCAGCCAUGGAAUUCUGAGCCACCUUAUUAUGAAUGGCCCAACUAUCAAGGAGAUUUGUCAGAAACAAAGCAUCUGAAAUAUGUAACUGCAGAGCCACAUAUCAAUCACAUUAUCUAAUACCCAACCUCAAUGCCUGUGGCAAUUUGACUGUUAUAGGUGCAAUCCUCUGUCUGUUGUGAUGAAGCUUAAGAACAUUCAGGUGUUUCAUGAUUGGGCUAGAAGCAUAGGCACCAAAUCUAUGGGUGCUCUGGGGCUGGAGCCCCAUGGGGAAAAAUUGCUGGGUGCUCUGCAUCCAUUCACAGCCCCUCCCCCCAGCUCACCUCUGCUGAGUCCUGCUUCUCCCCCCUCCCUCCCAGCAUGUGCACUGUGAAACAGCUAUGGCAGUGAGGCGGGGGGGGGGGGAGGAGGCAGCAUAAGCACCCACUGGUGCCAAGGGAAGUUGGUGCUUGUGGCUAGAAGUGGGGGUGAGGUGGUGAAAACAGCUGGGCUGAUGUCUCUGCAGGAAGAUGCAAACCCAGCUGCUGCAAACUAGCUGAAAUGAGUCACCUUUUUUAAAAUACUGUGUGGACAUGGGAGAAAAGGGCCCCAUCCCUGCCCCAUCUAGCAUGGUUCUGUUACUUUUGAGUUCUUAGCAUUUCUGAUGGAUGCAGCUUCUAGCUGCACGUUCAGCCACUUACAGAAAGCAGCAGGUUCCCUUUCAGCAUUAGAAUGAACUGAGGGCAGGAAGAGGCACUCAGCCUCCCUUCUCCACCCUUGAGGGGCGAGGCAUAUUAGCAGGAAGCUGGAGGGAGGCCUGCACUGCCUCUGCUAUAAAUGUUGUAAAAACAGGGAUUCCGCCUCCAUGGCUGCAAAUCUGGUAUCUUUCACCAGAACUAUUUCUACACCACCCACCCGUAUAAUGUGUCAGUAUUUGUCAGUGCCUCAACUCAAGACUUAAAAGUAGCCAGGGUAGUGAGGCCAAAGACUUCUGGGUACAUCAUUACAGCAGAUUAGAUGACAGAGCUGGAAGCAUGCUUUACGGUUGAGCACACAGGGCCAGAAUGGAAAGCUUUCAGAAGUCAGCGUGUGAGAUCCAAUGAGAAGAUGAAAUUCCCCACUCUGUUCUAUGCACUGUUUCCAUAUCAAAAUUCAGCUUCAUGGUAAGUACAGUAGAACUCUGUUAAUGUAGAUAGUGCUCAGGCGUGGGCACUGUGCUGAUACUCUGAACUCUUGCCUUAGAGCCUGCCUGUAAAGCAGGGGGGCUACUGUUGUAACAAACUACAAUUGCAUGGUGUGAGGCACACUAACAAAUAGUGACAAAACUUCAUCUGAUCAGUACUGAAUGGAAUGUCAAAAUAUUCCUGGCUAAUUCUCUAAAACAACAAGGAAGUUAGAGAUAAACCAAUACCAUAAUGAACAGAGUAAAGGACAAGCUGAUUUUCAGCUUCACUGCUCAGAAUCGCCAUGAAUUAGUUGGUUAAACAAUGCAGGGAAAUUUCAUAUGAGCACUGUGCCUGGUUAGUGCUGACUUUUCUGUUCUCAAAAGCACAAGCUUGUGUAAGCAUAAGCAAUACAGAAUUACUCAGGGCCACACAGUGUCAGCUUUGCAGUGGACAACAACUGCAUCUUAGAUAACAGGCACAAUUAGGAGGAACAGAGCACUGAUUAAACCUGCAACACUGUAUUACUGAAUGAAGGGCUGCAGAGUGGACAGAGGUAGCCAGCCUAGCACUUUUAAUCUAAUGCUGUUUGCAGGUGCAAAAUUUCAUCUUGGAAAAACCCACAUUAAUCUUGCAUCUUGAUAAGGUAUUCUAUAAACUGAUCUCAAAAGUAGAAUUUAACCAACGUAUGUUGCUUAUUCAACAUUUCUUGCAUGUGACACAAAGCAAAAUAAUGCAUGGGGUAUUCAGACCUGUGCUGCUUUUAAAAAGUGGGAGUUCACAGUGAGAAUGAACACUGUUACAACUCUUUCUAGUGAUUAUUUCUGUGCAUCUGAGCACCAUGAUAAAGGUUGGUGUAGAUUUCUAAUGACAUCUAUUGUCUAGGAAAAAUACUUACCAAUUUAAAGGCAGGAGAUAUAGCACAUACAGAGCACACUCUGGGCAAUGCAUGUUUAAGGUGGUAAAUUUGCCCUCAAAGCAAUUCAGAACAGCUGCAGAAAAAAUUGAUGUUUUGUCCAGUUAUCUGCCCUGGUGGGGACAGAGAUAUCUUCUAACACCUGGUUAGAAAACUAACUAGUGGAAAACAGGAAAGUCCUUAAGGACAAAUAGUUUAAACUAUUGCCCUGCUGAAAAGGAAAGGCGACGCUAACUCAGUGUUACCUGCUUCCAAAAGUACAGUGUCAGAUUUGUGAUCCUCUGCCGAAUCAAUAUUUGACCAAACAAAUUCUCCUGCUGCAUGAAGAUGAUGGAUUCCAGCAAACCUAGGCAGAGACCAAACUCUGGUCCCUUGACCCUUUAGCAAGAGAGAGAAAUAUCUGAUUUCCACCUAGAACAGAAUUUUUAGGAUGCCCAGGAACAUUCACAUUCUAAACAGGAAUUCUGAUCCUGGCAGUGGGUUGAAUUUUCAAAAGCACCCAAGUAACUGACAGGUAUGGGUGUACCAUAGCCUUUUAACUUAGUAGACUAGUUAUAGAAGAAGGAGACCAAGUUUUUCAAAAGUGGCCAAUGUUUCAGGUGCCCAGCUUGAAACAGCUUGGAGAGCAGGUCUCAAGGUGAGCAAUCAAAAUCGCUAGUACCUUUCAGCAGUCUUGGCUGCACUGUCCAAAGCAUGGCAUGAACUGUCAGUUACAAUUCUACCUGCAGGAUCUUUGACUGGUGAAGAUUUAGGAGGCAGAAACCCAGCUGGAGUUGUUACACUGAGCAAAUUCAGGAUUUGUAAGUCAGAAAAAUUCUGAAAGUGCAGUUGUGAUUUUAGUCAAACAUGACGACUCCAUUUACAGGAUGUAAGAGAGAGAUGGAGAGAGAGCUUUAAACCAGCAUUUCAUGCUCAGGCAGGCCCCACUUUCUCUCCAUUUUAUGGUUUGGAAACCUCUUUGAUUUAGCUGCAUGUCAGAGGAAUCCGACAACUCUGUAUUGAUUGCUUUUUCCUUUAAAUUCAUUUGCUAAACUCACUGCUCCUGUUUCCUAAGGAGUGAGUUGCACUAGAGAAUCCAUGGCUUAGAGAGGCACAGAAGCCAGUUCAGAAUAACAGAACCUAAGUCACUCACUCAGUUUGGUCAUGCUCAUGUUCAGAACUGAACUAAAUGAAAAUGUGCUUUGUGGGGGGAGGAGAGCAGCUGUCUGGAGGUGGUGCCACUAUGACCCCACCCUACUCUGGCAGUCUCCAGUAAAUGGGGGUUUGUACAGGAUUAUUUUGCCUCGAGGUAGGAGCUAGUCUCUAGUGCUUAUAGGGAGGUUCCAGUUCUCUCCCUUUAGCCAUCGUGUAAACAGUCUGCACACAUACUGGAGAGCGAGAAUGUAACCCUAUAAAUCACUUCUUGUGUACUUUUCUUUCUAGACUUCAAUGACUUUGUUUUUCUUUGCGGAUCAGGAUAGUAAACAAAAGAUCUAUUCUCUAACUCUCCUUUUCAGCCACAGAGAGCUGACCUUUGGCUGACAGAUGCACUUAUUCAUGCACCGAGGCUAGAGCAUUUAUUUUUACACUAAGAUUGUAUCUAACAUUGAUUAGAAAGAUCUAAACUUGUGCUAUUCAGUCCCUGAACACAUCCAGUAACUUGCACGAUAGGUAACACUGGACAAGUCCAUCUGUUUUUCAGUAACUUGCUCUAUUAAAAGAAAUUGCUGAGAGAGAAACUUCUGAAUAAAGUACAUGAGAUCCCCGUGGCUUAACUACAGAAUGCAUUACAGAAUAAAAGAUUUCUCCUAGUUUAUGUAAAGAACACUCUGAUGUUGAAACUUUUCCUGAAUAUUACAUUGUAAAUAGUGUAAUUUGAAGUAGGAAGUAACUUGGCAAUAACUUUAGUUGUGUAUAUUGUAAAAAGUGUAAUGUGAAUACUCCAAAUGGUGUUUUCAUUUGGGGGCAGAGUAACUGCACACUGAAUUUAAAAGUAGGGUCUGUUUACUGGCAGCAUCUAUAAAGCAACCUGCAAAGGCAAAGUAAAUAGAAUGCUGUUUGUAUGUUAAGUUGCCUCAUUACCUGUGAUGCUGUAUCUACAAUACUUGAUUUCAGCUGGCUUCUCUGUGUUGUGGUUUGUAUGCCAGCUGCUGUUAACUGCAGAGAGCAGUGAUAUUUGCACUGUAACCCUGGUUCACCUGCCACUGAAUGUAACCUGGCACUGCUUCAUUCUUGGUAUGUAAAGCCCUCACAUGUUUCAUUUGCUCCCAACAAAGUACAAUAAA